GAAAUUCUUCCACUUAUGAGAACCUUACACCAUAGACACUAAUUAAUUUGAUGGCCCGCUGAUUAGCGUAGUAUUAAAUUUCUUCUCAUGCAGUUUGAGAGAUUGAAGAAACGCUUCUGACUUAUACAAUACAAUUUCUGGAUAACUCCUUUCCCAAAUAAUUAUCUUGGUCUACCAAUUUCCGCCUAUACAGUGAGGUGAAGAUCGUCAACAUGCCGCGACCAACGGACCGUAAAGAUGUUCUCGAUAAAUUGAAGCGAACAAUUGCAGAGGGCAAAGUCAUUGUUGGUGCUGGUGCAGGUCGGAACAGAGGCAGAGAAGCUGCACGCGGUCCUCCGCUGACACUUUCACAGGAAUUGGCUUGUCUGCCAAGUUCAUCGAAAAGGGUGGAGCGGAUUUGAUAAUUGUCUAUAACUCAGGUCGGUAUCGUAUGGCGGGGCGUGGAUCGCUGGCGGGCUUGAUGCCGUACGGAGAUGCGAAUGGUGUAGUUCUUGAAAUGGCCGGAGAAGUGCUGCCAAUUGUACAGAAUGCUCCAGUUCUUGCUGGAGUAUGCGCGAGUGAUCCGUUCCGCUCGAUGCCUCAUUUCCUCAAACAGCUCAAAGAACUCGGCUUUUGUGGCGUCCAGAAUUUUCCAACCGUCGGU